UCCUCCCUAUAAAGGAAGUGAAAGAUCGCUCCUUUUUCCUGUCUUGCAUCCUUUCUAGCGUUCGCCCUUCGUUCUUUUGGGCCUUCAUUUGGGGUUGGGGGGAGAGGAGAAGAAAGUGAGAGAGAGAGAGGGGAAGCCCUUCGAUGGCGUUCUCGAGUCUCCUCAGAUCCGCGACUUCGGCGCUCGGUGGAUCCCGCGAUUGUUUUCCCUCCGGUUGCGGGACUCUGGCUCCGGCGUCAUUCAAGAUAUCUUGCGUGGGGAGUCCUAAAUCGGUUGAGAUUCGUUCAAGUGUCUUGGGUUCUGCACUUCCUUCCGUGGAAGCGAACUCAUCACAGAGAUCGCGUGCAAGAGGCAUUCAGCCAGUCAAAGCCACAGCAACCGAGGUCCCUCCUGCUGUUAGAAGGUCUUCAAGUGGUGGAAGGACAAAAAUUGGCAUAAACGGUUUUGGGCGUAUAGGAAGGCUUGUCCUGCGCAUUGCCACCACCAGAGAUGAUGUUGAAGUUGUUGCAGUCAAUGAUCCAUUCAUUGAUGCUAAGUACAUGGCAUAUAUGUUGAAGUAUGACUCGACACAUGGCAAUUUCAAGGGAACAAUUAAGGUUGUGGAUGGGUCCAACUUAGAAAUCGAUGGGAAAAGGAUUGCAGUUACAAGCAAAAGAGAUCCUGCUGAAAUUCCUUGGGGUGAUUUUGGUGCUGAAUACGUUGUUGAAUCUUCUGGUGUUUUCACAACAAUGGAUAAGGCAUCAGCUCAUUUGAAGGGCGGUGCCAAAAAGGUAGUAAUAUCAGCUCCAUCUGCUGAUGCUCCUAUGUUUGUUGUUGGUGUAAAUGAGAAGAACUACAAAUCAAACAUGAAUAUUGUUUCUAAUGCUAGCUGCACGACAAACUGUCUUGCUCCUCUUGCCAAGGUGGUCCAUGAGGAGUUUGGCAUUGUUGAAGGCCUUAUGACCACUGUUCAUGCAACUACAGCAACACAGAAGACUGUUGAUGGCCCUUCAAUGAAAGAUUGGCGAGGGGGCCGUGGUGCUGGUCAAAACAUCAUCCCUAGCUCAACUGGUGCAGCAAAGGCUGUCGGGAAAGUGCUUCCAGAGUUAAAUGGCAAGUUGACUGGCAUGGCAUUCAGGGUUCCAACGCCCAAUGUCUCUGUUGUUGAUUUAACUUGCCGACUUGAGAAGAACGCCUCAUAUGAUGAUGUGAAGGCAGCAAUUAAGUACGCGUCGGAAGGUCCACUAAAGGGCAUACUUGGUUACACCGACGAGGAUGUUGUAUCUAACGACUUUGUUGGUGAUUCAAGGUCAAGUAUCUUUGAUGCUAAGGCCGGUAUCGGAUUAAGUGCGUCGUUCAUGAAGUUCGUCUCGUGGUACGACAACGAGUGGGGCUACAGCAACCGAGUGCUAGACCUGAUCGAGCACAUGGCCCUGGUGAGCGCAAAACAUUGAAAUGUGCUGCUGCUGUCGUCGACGGGUUUAGGAGUCCUUCAAAUCGAGUGGAUUUGAGCUUCGAUUUUGAUGGGAUGCUUCUUGAUUUCUGCUUCCACGAUUGAUUGGAAAUAAGAUGUUAUGCAUAGGAUUUAAUCAACAUCGGUACAACUUACAAUAACUUUAAAAGGAAUGGUCAAAACCAAUUGGUGCAUGUUGUCAUGAUUGUACUGCAAUAAACAUUUCUUCCAGUUUGUUGCCCAUUUUCACUUCUCUUUGGUUAUUCUACAAACAUGACUUCAACUA